CCGGGUUUCGGCAGUCUGGUCCAGAUCCUCCGCUCCUCCUCAGCUCAGCACACACAUCCCCAUUGUACACAAACGGAGGAGGGGGGGGAAAGAGAAGGCGGCUCGCGCAUACACACACAGACUCAUACGCGCGCACACACACGCCAUCUAUGCGCACACACGCACGGCAUCGAUCGUGGCUCCUUUAAGAAAAGCCUAAGCCAGAAUUAUCACCCCACCUCCUCUUGAUCUCCUCUAGACGCUUUUGCAUAAGAAAAUCAAGCCGGGAGCCGAGAGUGAUCAAAGAAAGCGAGAGGAGAAGCUGCUUCAUUUUUUACCCGUGAUUGUGACCGUUAACGUUUAGGUGGUGCCGGUCCCGUGGAGACGCGCGUCGGACCAUCAUUCAUCCGGUACUUUUGACAAGCCCUCGCGUUGUGACUGACAAGCGGAGUGGCAGCGAGCCAUGAGAGUCGCCAGUUCUGUUUGAGGGGCUAUUUUAUUUUUCACCCUGGUUGUUUUUUAUUUUUAUUUUUUGGGGAGAAAGAAAAGGAGCCUGGCGCCGCUGCCCUCGAGGAUAGCCGAGGACCUAUUCACCGCGCCAGGGCUAAACUUGCGCAGAGAAGCGGGGGCUGGCUGCACCGGAGAAAAAGCAAAAGAGGCAUACGGGAUUUUGGGCUGAAACAUCUUCCCCCAUUUAUUUGGAUUUUCUUUCUUCACUUCGUCUCCACCCUGGCCUCAGAGGGGAUUUAUCUAAGCUGAAAGGACGACCAGGGAGUGAGGAGGGUUAUGGCGCAACGGUACGAAGACUUGCCCCACUACGGGAUGGACGGGGUGGGCAUCCCGACCACCAUGUACGGAGACCCGCACGGCGCCCGGUCCAUGCAGGCGGUGCACCUCAACCACGGGCCCCAGCUGCACUCCCACCAGUAUCCGCACACCGCCCACACCAACACCAUGCCUCCCAGUAUGGGCUCCUCUGUUAACGACGCUCUCAAGAGAGAUAAAGACGCUAUAUACGGGCACCCCCUGUUCCCCCUGCUUGCACUGAUUUUUGAGAAAUGUGAAUUAGCGACGUGCACCCCCAGAGAGCCCGGGGUGGCGGGAGGAGACGUCUGUUCAUCGGAAUCCUUCAAUGAGGACAUAGCGGUGUUUGCAAAACAGAUUCGGGCAGAAAAACCUUUAUUUUCAUCGAAUCCAGAAUUGGAUAAUCUGAUGAUUCAAGCCAUUCAAGUUUUACGAUUUCAUCUUCUGGAGCUGGAGAAGGUCCACGAGCUGUGUGAUAAUUUCUGUCACCGGUACAUCAGCUGCUUGAAAGGCAAGAUGCCCAUCGACCUGGUCAUAGACGACCGGGAGGGCGGGUCCAAAUCCGACAGCGAGGAAAUCACGAGAUCAUCGGUGGCCCUUGAUCAGGUACAUCUCUCUCUCUGUCUGUCACUGUGUGUGUGUCACUGUGUGUAUGUGUGUGUGUGUGUGUGUGCGCGCGCGCUCGUGCUCUCCCUGCUGGCUAUUCAGCUAUUCUGGGUCACUACUCUGCUAUUUGCAUAUGAUUAAGGCCGUUUUACAUUCCGUCCAUCGGAAUGAAAAUGUCUCUCUGAAUAAUGUUGCUAUUAUUGGCCCAUUAAAGACUUGAACCCGGAACCGACCCGGGGAGAUUAGCUCGGUAAAAAGAAAAGGCAUCGCCACAAACUUGACCUGCUUCGUGUCCAUUUUAAUUUAGCGCCUCUCUCCAUUUUUUCUCGCCGUUUUUAUGCCACUAAAAGCGGGGUGGAGAGAAAAAAAACACCCCGGUCCUCGGCUCCUCUGUUUGUCUGCAGCCCGGCGGAGGAGGAGGAGGAGGAGGAGGAGGAUGGGUCUGCAGACUGCGGGGCCGAGGUGCCGUCCUUCGGUUUCUCCACUGUGGAGUUCACGGUUCAUUACGCGUCUUGUCAGUAUUUUUCCUCAGACAUGAGUGCACAUUGCUUAUCGAGACCCCUGCGCUUCUUCCCUUCCUGUCCUCUCGCGCUCAGGUUUCUUCUCUGAGAGCCGCGGAAGAAGCAGCAGCGGGUAUUAAAGGUAGAUUAGGGAGUGUUUGCCCCCUUUUGUGCCGAUAUCAAGAGAUAACCGCGGCCUUCAUUAUGUGCUCCACUGACUGCUGGCACUCCGGGGACAUUGUAGUGCGCGCGCACACAGGCAUGACCCUAAUGGUCCAUACACACUGCCGUUAAAUAAUGAUAACAGCAACCGAUGAUUAGAAUUAUGCAAAUCUGGAUUUUUUUUGUCGGCCAUUAAUAGCUCGAGUCGCUCGAGACGGAGCUGCAGACUGUGAGACCAAUAAGUUAAAACUCCAUCCAGAGUUUUAAGAGCGCAUGAGAGGAGCGGCUACGGAUAGCGACGAGGGGAAAAAAUCAAGUGUCCAAAUUAAAGGGAUUAGUUGGAUAGUCCGACAUAAAAAGUAAUGAAGCGAUUAGGCUAAAUAAUUUAAAUCCGCGGACUUCCAUAUGGUUGAGUGGCUGGUCUGAGGCAGCCACCGGCUUUUAUGUUCCGGGCUGAAUGGCAGGACUGGGAGCGGACUGGGAAGCCCCCCCUCCCCUCCACCUUCCCCACCCAAGCCCUUAUGUCUGAUUAUGGAAAUGAGAAAGAUCACCCGGAAGAUUAUACUUCAUUUAAUCCAGGAGCAGAAUUAAAUAACACAGACGCCACUUGUGCAUUUAAGUGUCUCUUUGAACGGCUCCUUGUAUCCUCUCAGGGAUUCACUUGUCUCUCUUUCUUUUCUUUUUUAUGAUUAUAGAUAGGUCAGGACAUGGAAUGAAGCCUUAUGCUAUAUGGAAAUAGAGAGUGUGUUAACCCCCUUGGGUUUCCAGGUAUAUGAGGAAAACCAUGUUGUGCUCGAGGCUCUGAUGCAGAUCUUUAAUUGACUGUAAGAUGAAGAUGUGGCCUAUAUAUUUUUUUUUUAAUGUGGCGACGGACCCUUUACAUGCAGCCAAUUCAGGGCCAAACCACACAGGCUUGUGUUUACGCUGAUGUGACAGAAUACUAUGACCUACAGGUGUAGUUUGCAUUGCAAUGCGGGGGGGCAUUUUUGACAGAUGUGUAAAAUGAGGGAUGGGCUGCUGUGGUGGGAUAAUGUGGAGACUGUGUGUAAAUGGGCAUAUCCAAACAGAGGCUGCAUGCCUCUCACAGCUGAAUAUAUUAACGGCAGUGCUCUUCAUAACUCAACUCGCCGCUCAAUAUAUAUAUUUUUUGGAGUUUUGUGUGACAUCUUAUCUGCGGUUGUUAGGCAGUGACAUCCUGAACGAAUUUGCGUUUGUGUGUGCAUUAUCUCUUUCCAUAUGUAUUUUUAAUAUAUGCCCUCGGGCAUAAAGUUGAAGUGGACUGAAAAAAAAAAAAAAGAAUUUGCACAAAAGAACAAUGUUAACAAGACGGAGAAAGCAGGCUCAUUUAUUCAUAAACCAAUUUAUUCCAGUGAGGCGACUGUAGAGGAGGAGGAGGAGAAAAAAAAAUACUUUGAAUUUAUUAAACUCAACAAUCCAACAACGCUGACUCUCUCUGCUGCAUUUGCACCCUUGCGUCACGUAACAGUUUGGAAUAUUCUUUACAUGUCUUUACGUUUGCUUUGUUAGCCGCGGCCGAGUGUACGGAGAGAGGGGGAACGCCGGGCGCCCCUCUCAGAAGAAAAGCACAGCAGAGCUGAGAGGUGAAAAAGUCACAGAGGCUCUGCGCCGGCUUGUGAAUGCAGCCCAGCCAGUUUGGGCUCACCCUCCUGUGUGUGUGUGUGUGUGUGUGUGUGUGUGUGUCUACAAGUGUAUGCAUAUAUGUGUGUGUGUGUGUGUGUGUGUGUGUUCAGACUGGCCUGAUAAAUGCAGCACCCCCCUCAGGUGCUAUGUGAGUGGAGUGACUGGUUAGCACCAGUUGGACUUCUUUAACCCUUUCCCUGCCUGCUUCCCCAGAGAGCUUCCCACCACCUUUUCCCUCAUUUCGUCUCUUUGGGAGCACGUUUCCACACAUCCCUUCUUUGAGUUCAGCUGUAAAUAAACAGAAAAGACGCAGUAGAGUUACAGUACGAGUGACUUUUAAUGUGGAAGGGACUACUUGUGUGCUGCUGAUUGCAUCCCUCUGUUUGCUCCGCUGCAUAUGUUCACCUCAGUCUAAAAAGGAGCGGGGAGGUAUUUCCAUGCCGUCGUACGUCAUUUUCGCACAGUUGCCUUUUUAAUUGCACAGAGAGCGCGUGAGGGGGGGGCCGCGGCAAUUUGCUAAUGAACUCCGAGGGGCCCGGGCUCUCUCUCUCUCUGCUGUAGAGCAGAACACUACUAAUGGUGCUGAGGACUCACUCCGGGCCUCGAGAGCUCCUCCACUUGAUUGAGCCGUGCAGGCUGAAGUGGGGCUGGAAAUAAUUGAAAUUUUCCCAUAAAAAAAUAGUUCUGCCUGCCUUUUAUUUGUGUUUGUGGAUGUGAGAGAGUCUUAAGUGACGAGCGCUCAGCAGCUGACCCGUUGAGUUCUAUUCGUCAGGAGGUAUUCUUCUAUAAAAAGAGCUUUAUUGACACUGAAAUUGUGUGUAAAUAACCUUCAAUCUCAAGUGACAUCUCUACGUUUGGGAACUAAAUGUUUCCUAAACAAACCCUGUGCCCUGUGUGAGCUUAGUGCUGUUGGUCACCGUGCAAGAAUUUACUCUCGAUAGCGCUACCGCCGUAUCCCCCCCCCCCCCACAACAAUUGGCACCACGAUGCCAUACAAGUGCUGGUUUCCAGGUCAGCGAGGGACCCAGCAGUGUUGGUUUAGGUAACUCUAUGGCAGUCAAAGAGUGACCCCCCCACCCUUCCUCUCCAAACUCAAUGGAAACCCUGACCGCCGGGGUCAGCCACUAUAUUUUUCCUAAUCAGUACUAUCGCUAAUCUAUCGGCUUCUGGUUGAAGUAUGUAUCGAGUUACUCUCUCUCUCCUGCAGUCGCACGCUGACCAUCGGAACACAAACUUGUGAAUCAUCGUGCCGAUUGUCGGUAAUAGCAGCUUUUGUAGUUGAAUAGAGGAGAGGUUUUGACCCCCCCUCCCUCCUCUACACCCCCUCCUCCUUUCCCCUGCCCCCCCAUCCUCCCCUUUUUCUUUUUUCCAUUGGGGAGUGAAUGCAGGGCGGCUGUUCAGGAUUCAACAAGUGAUACAAAGAGGCGACACCACGUGACUUGUGUGUUUCUUAGCCUCUUCAUUAUUGUGCUGGAAUAGCAAGUAGGGGUGAUUGUGAUUAAGCAAAUCAAGGCCGGGGGGUGACUUCAAAGAACGAGAGUGUCAACAGCUUCUUUUUUAUACGUUUUUUAUACAUUUUCAAACAUUUUUUCCAUUAGUUGCUUUUUAAAAUCAUAUUUCUGGAAAUUCUUGUUAAAAAACGAUUCUCCCACAAAAUCCCAACUGCAAAUAAAGUUCCUGGCUUGCGUCUCGUGUUACUUGUGAUGGGCGGCCAUGUCCGUCCCCGAGGCCUGCUGUGGUUUCUUUGGCUAAGUAAACAAUAACCUGGCUUAACACAU